AUGGCUGAGGAUCUAACGACCCUCGACCCUGGCGUCGACUUUGUGAAGGGCGAGGUUUCUGCGGCACCGGCUCUGUCGCCAGCUCCCUCGUACGAGAAGACGGACCUCAGUCUCGAUGGCAGACCCCCCACAGACGAGGAGCUGCUGACUCUGCGGCGCGUCUCCGAGAAGAUCCCGUGGAGCAUCUACUCGAUUGCCUUUGUCGAAGCAGUUGAGCGUUUCUCAUACUAUGGAACCACGGCCUGCUUCACCAACUUCAUCCAGCACGCCCUUCCCAUAGGGUCGACGACAGGUGCUGAUGGAGGCGGCGGCCAGGCUGGUGCCCUCGGUCUGGGCCAGCGCACCGCCACUGCCUUGACCACGUUCAACUCUUUCUGGCAGUACACAAUGCCUCUGUUCGGUGCCUAUGUCGCCGACAACUACCUCGGCCGUUUCAAGACGAUUGCGUUUGCGCUGGCCAUCGAUCUCGUCGGCCACGUCGUUCUCGUCAUCUCCGCCAUCCCCCCCGUCAUCAAGAACCCCAAUGGAUCCAUGGCCGCCUUCAUCAUCGGCAUCAUCACCAUGGGUUUCGGCACUGGUGGCUUCAAGCCCAACGUUAACCCUCUAAUUGUCGAGCAGCUUGAAAUGGAUGUCAUGACUGUCAAGACCCUCAAGACGGGCGAGAGGGUCAUCGUCGACCCUGCCGUCACGGCUUCUAGAGUUUAUGACUACUUCUAUAUGUUCAUCAAUAUCGGCGCCCUGUGCGGUCAGAUCGGCAUGGUCUAUUGCGAGCAUUAUGUUGGCUUCUGGUUGUCGUUCCUGCUCCCCACAGCCAUGCUUUGCUUCUGCCCGCUUGUCAUGAUGUACGGCCGCAAGCGCUACAAGCGUGUCGAGCCUCAGGGGUCUGUCUUGGGCAAGGCGUUCAAGCUGUUCGGCAUUGCCAACAAGGGCCGCUGGUCUAUCAACCCCGUCAAGACGUACAGACAACUGCACGACGGCACUUUCUGGGAAUCGGUCAAGCCGUCCAAGUUCGACGCGGCUUCCAAGCCAAAGUGGAUGGACUUCAACGAUGCCUGGGUCGAUGAGGUCUCUCGAGGUUUCAGCGCAUGCGCCGUCUUCAUGUGGUAUCCUCUCUACUGGCUCUGUUACAAUCAGAUCAACAACAACUUGAUCUCGCAGGCCUCCACGAUGCGUCUGGCCGGAGUCCCGAACGACGUGCUGACGAAUCUGAACCCGUUCUCUCUCAUCAUCCUGAUCCCGGUGCUUGACACUUUUGUGUACCCAGCAAUUCGCAAACUGCGGCUUAACUUCACCCCCAUCAAGCGCAUUGCCGCGGGCUACUUUGUCGCCGCAGGAGCCAUGGUCUGGGCCAUCGUUAUUCAGUACUAUAUCUACAAGAAAAGCGACUGCGGCUCGCACGCUUCGGACUGCCCCAACGUCGACCUCAUCGUCUGGGCCCAGACAGGCUCGUACGUGCUCAUCGCGCUCUCCGAGGUGCUCGCCUCAAUCACCAGUCUCGAGUACGCGCAUUCCAAGGCGCCCGCGAACCUGCGCUCCGUCGUCCAGUCUAUCUGUCUCUUCAUGAACGCCAUCUCCAGCGCACUGGGCUUCGCGCUCGUGCCCCUCGCCGAGGACCCCUAUCUGAUCUGGAACUACGGCGUCGUGGCGGUUGCGGCUACUAUAGGCGGCAUUUUGUUCUACCUGCAGUUCCGCGGCCUCGACAAGGAGGAGGACCGCCUGAACCUGCUCCCCAAGGGCACCUUCAAGCCUAACGAGGACCAAGUCAACAACGGCCUCGAGGACGGCGGUGUCGCACCGACACCGGUGACGACAGGCUUUGAGAAGAGCGAGAUGAGUAUCUGA